AUGUCUCUCCAUCCGCAUUUAAGAACAGCAUUUUUCACAUUGACAUGGUUCCCAGUGUUCUUCACGGCACUUGAUCAUGUGUACCAGCCGUGUCUGAUUUCCGGAUCAUCCAUGGCUCCCACAUUCAACCCAGCUACCAAAACCACCCAGAAUGAUGUGGUACUUAUUCAAAAGUAUAACCUCAAAGCGCCAAACUCCUUGAAGAGGGGCGAUGUCAUUAUGUUCCAUUCGCCCUCAGACCCAGAGAAGCUCGUCACGAAGCGAGUGGUUGGAUUGCAGGGCGAUGUCAUCAUACCCAGAAAUAAGGCAUAUCCAAGGAAUCAAGCACUUAUACCAAGAAAUCAUCUUUGGGUUGAGGGUGAUAACGCAUUCCAUUCGAUCGAUUCGAAUGACUUCGGACCUAUAAGUCAAGCAUUGGUUGUGGGUAAAGUUGUUUCUGUUAUAUGGCCCUUCUCAAGAAUCGCAACAGACAUCACCUCUGGAGGACGAGACGGUCGGAAGAAGGAUGUCCCUCUGAUAGAUGAUCUUUGA